AGAACUCAGCUCUCCAUUCUAAUAAAGCCAUGGCCGAGAAGGGCAAGGAAAAGGUAACUAUGAUGAAGCUGAAGGUGGAUCUUGACUGUGCCAAGUGUUACAAGAAAGUCAAGAAGGUUCUUUCCAAGAUCCCUCAAAUCAGAGACCAACUGUUCGAUGAAAAGUCCAACAUAGUCAUCAUUAAGGUAGUUUGCUGCAGCCCUGAGAGGCUUAUGGACAAACUUUGUUAUAAAGGUGGUGGCUCUAUCAAGACCAUUGAGAUCAUCGAGCCAUCCAAGCCACCACCAGUAGUGUCGAAGCAGCCGCCACCGCCACCACCAGUAGUAGAGCCGCCACCGCCACCACCGGUAGUGCCGAAGCCGCCAGUACAGCCACCACCGGUAGUGCCGAAGCCGCCAAUACAGCCACCACCAGUAGUGCCGAAGCCACCCGUACAGCCACCACCAGUAGUGUCGAAGCAGCCCCCACCGCCACCAUGGGCGCCCAUGAUGCCACUAGGGCAGCCCAUACCAAUGUGUUGUUGGCCAUGCUACGACGGUUUUGGAGGUGGACCAGCGUUCUACGGAUACGGAAUGCUGCUGCCACAACCAUACAAGUGCUACGGCCGACCAAUCUACGAUAGCUGGGGAUGUGGCCCACCACCUAGUUACCGACCGUGUCAUCUCAGCAGAUGCAGUUUCUUUUGUGAAGAAAACCCACAAAGCUGCUCUAUCAUGUGA